AUGCCAACUUCUGUGGCCAUGAGCAGUGCACCCAUCCCUCAUGGAGUGGCAACCCAUCUUUCAGUGAAUGGCCUCAUAGCCAUAACCUGGGUUGGAGCAGCGCUGGGUACUCUAUUCACAGUUGCUCGUAUCGCAAUUCGGAUAAAAUAUAUGCACCGCCUGCUAGCCGAUGACUACUUCAUGCUUCUUGCUUUGGCCUUUCUCAUUACCAACGCAGUCCUACAAACCUUACAGGCACCUCAUCUUUAUUAUAUGAUACUUCAAACCACGGAGCCCGAUAUUGUUCACCAUGGGCUGCUCUACACACGCUUCGAGUUUCCUAUCAUUGUCAUGUCUCUUCCACUUAGUCUGAUUUGGGGCACCAGAAUCAACCUCCAGCAAAAGAUCGGUUUGGCGGUUGUCUUCGGUUUCGGAUUUGUUAUUAUCGGAGCGGCAAUUGUUCGCGCUAUCGAGAUCACCGGCAAAGCAUACUCUGACCAAGCAGCCCUUGCUAUAUGGACCAUCAUUGUCGGAUGCCUCCCGCCAUUUCGAGCUGUAAUCUCAAAAAGCCCAAGCGUUACCCAGUACCGCUACGGAUUUUCUAGCGGCAAUUCGGGUGUAUACCCUACCUCACCACGCGGCAAGCUCCGUUCCACUACAACCAAUUGGAACGAGGUUUCCUUGCCUGUGCAGGACCACCGGCAAUAUCACAAUCUGGAUUACGAGAUGAAUGCGCCGCAAAAUGUGCACAUUGAUGAUGUACAGGUUGCUGGACACUCGAAGACCCGGAAAGAGAACCUACGGGGGAGGAAUCUCGAAAUUAACAUGGUACAGGAAUUUAGCGUGGUUUCCUCGCACUAA